UCAUGCGUUUUUCAAACAGGGGAAUAGUGCGCAUGCGCCAAGCUAUGACGUGUCGCGAAAGUGUCAAAGCAGAAGGAUGUAAAAAUGAUCGAAAACUCUGUAGUCCAACUUAGUGACUAAGGUAUUUUAAUAGUGGCUCACGGCGGCGCUUUGGAUAAUUGACUGACAGGAAUCACCCGUAGGUACAGAUCUGACACACUCGCCACUGCUCUUUAGCUGAGCUGAGGAAAAUCAACUUUUUAACCCGCGACAUUGACCGCCGAGCUAACUUAACAGUUGAGCUAACCGGAGUCGGCGAACUAAGCUAAACAGUAGCAGGGUUCUGGCUGAGCGUUAGCUAACAUUAACAUGUAACUGAUGGGAAGGCUGCAGUAUUAGCUAGCCACUUAGCUAGGUUCGUUCUACCGGUCAUCUCACAAACGUUUGGCGUUUAGCGCGUUGUUCAGUUGAGUAGCUGGCAGCAGGACUGAUAGCGAAGACAGAGGAAAAUGUCUCGGAGGCGGCUGGACAGUCGCAGCGGACUCUCCGCGGGGCUGCUUGGAGAAAUUCAGACCCCAAUCAGCGCGGAGCCAUUGGAAAGUGUCUAUAAAGUCACCGGAGAGCUGGGAAGGGGGAAGUUCGCAGUAGUCAAACGCUGUGUGGAGAAGGCCACAGGGAAGGUGUUUGCUGCCAAGUUCCUACGGAAGAGGAGGAGGGGUCGUGACUGCCGGGCCGAAGUAAUUCACGAGAUGGCCGUCCUGGAGAUGGCCCGGAACAACUCCCGAGUGGUCAACCUGCACGCUGCUCACGAGACAGAUCACGACAUCGUCUUAGUGCUGGAGUAUGCGGCAGGUGGAGAGAUAUUUGACCACUGUGUGUCUGAGGAGCUGCUGCCAGAGGCUCAGAUCACCCGUCUGAUCAGGCAAACACUGGAAGGAGUCAACUACCUCCACCAGAGUAACCUGGUGCACUUAGACCUCAAGCCACAGAAUAUUCUCCUGACCGGCCUGUCUCCUCCAGGGGAUAUAAAGAUUGUAGACUUUGGCCUGGCACGCAGAUUGGGAGCAGUCGGAGAGCUCCGAGAGAUACUUGGCACACCCGAAUACGUGGCUCCAGAGAUCCUGAACUACGAGCCAAUCACAACAGCGACAGACCUGUGGAGUGUGGGUGUUAUAGCCUACAUGCUGGUGACGGGUGAGUCUCCGUUUGCCGGAGACGACAAGCAGGAGACAUACCUGAACGUGUCUCAGGUCAACGUGGACUACAGCAGCGAGAGCUUCUCCAGGGUGUCCGAGCUGGCCGUGGACUUCAUCCGCAAGCUGCUGGUCAAAGCACCAGAGGACCGGCCCAGCGCUGCAGAGUGUAUGACCCACCCCUGGCUGUGGCAGCAGCAGCAUUGUGUGAGCCCUGAGCCCACCACCACCCGCUCCGUCCGCGAAAGGAGCUGCGGCACCAAGUGGGCGGCUCCACCAGAAGACCCCGAAGACAAGGAGAACUUCCUGGAGUCCCCGCACGCUUACACAAAAAGGUUUCGCUUUGAUGAGGAAACAGCCGCUGCUGGAGACAGUGACUGUUGAACAAGCAAAAUGAAAAAGAGGAGGACUGAAAGUGUAAGGCGGGGGUGCCCACUGCAUCCUCUGAGCUUUUAAAGUUUUUUAAGCCUCCACAAAACCAGCUGCCUUCUGCCCAACUCUCAGAGGACUUAGGUUUGGUUUACAUUCCACUAAUCUGCAAAAAUCAAAGACUGACCCCUCAAACCAAAGAUAACCAGCUCCAUUUUGAGGUCUGUCACUGAUCCAUUGCUGUUAAAAAGUGUGAUAAAUGUACAGUAUGUCCCGAUUAAUGCAGCGUGUUUAACAAAGUAUUUAAUUCACUGUUCAAAUCCUUGGUAUUUCCUAGGGCUGCAUAAAUCUCUGCUGAGGGUUGAGAUGUCGCUGUACUAAUGAAGGCUAAUGUGGAGUAUUCCUAGGAAAACCUAUGCAAUGUUUCUCUUGUAUCUUUGAAUUCUUAUCUCAAGAAGCCUUAGGGAAUGGUGCUGUGCCUUAAGGUGGAAGUCACCAGCCUUGGUUAAUGUUUAGUUCCACUUGUGUUUCAGCAGAAAUGAGAGAUACCGAGACAAGCACCUCUGCAAUGAGGAAGUGUGAUAAUGACCUUGUUUGAAUGUCGAACAGAACUGAGGACAGCCAGGCAGCAGCACUGUGCGAAAUAAUGUACGCAGGCUUGUGUGCUCUGUGUUACUGAACACUUCGCCUCACCAGCCACUGCUCUUUAGGCGUUGAUCCAUCAGGCUGUUGUCCUUGUCCUUGCUCUGUCUCGUACUGCCCGCCAGUUCCAGUUCAACACCAGCAGAAGGGUGGGAUUACACACAGAUGCAUUACACCCCUUAUAUGUUUAAUGUUUCCUUCGAUGUCACACCUUCACUUCCUCCUCGUCUGAUAUAGCUUGAAGGUUUAAAUUUAGCUUAAGGUUUUAGAUAAAACUUUUUAUUAACUUGGCUUGAACCGUAGUGUAGUCACCGUUGAAAGAACUGAAAGGCCUCCACAUGUAGUGUGUUAAUCUAAAAGGUUCUUAAAGAAACUGCUUUGACAAAAGUGAGCGACAAAUUACGGCAUUCUUGUUUAUCCUUCCAUAUUAAGACAAACUGUACCGGCCUAAAAAACAGAUGACUCAUACGGCUGUUCAAAUGCCACACCCGCACUUACUCUGAUUGCCUCACUGAGCUCAAAGUUCCUCAUUGUUGGCUCGCACGAGCGAAACAUGACUUGAGCACUUACAGUACUUCAUUAGCACACGUCCCGAACUGAUAAGCAAAACUGGAGCUAUUUAUGAGAGUUUGUAUGUUUGUCCUUGACAGGUUCUUUGUCUUUUUUCAGUCUACUUCCACAGGCUGAGCAGUAAAAGCUGUGGGGUCAGGGUGCAUGAAGUGCUGCUGCUGUUUUCAUCUCAGGGCAGGCUGCUCACUCUCUUCUCUGUUCCUAAUGUUCUGUUCUCUUAACUUAAUGGUGAUUCUUACAAGCUUAUUAUUUAUGUGCUGGACUUCUACUAUAUAUUUUUAUGUAAAUACUGUGCUUAUGUGUCUUAGGAAGAUUCUGGCGGGAGACAGGUCAUUUAGAAUGAUUAAGGUGUUAUUUAAAAGAAGAUGCUAUUGUGGUUGCAAUGAAAUGAAUAAUAAAUAGUAAUGUUUCACUGCAGUGCGUUGGGAAAAUGAAAACAAGGAUUUGUUAAGUGGAACUGGGAAGUAAAGCACAAUGUGGAAAUGGACGGAUGAGUCAGAUGGUUGUAGUCAGGAGGAAGAUGAUUAGAUAUCACUAGUCUUAAAAGAUGUGUUUAAAGGAGUAGUUCAACAAAUGGGAAAUGUGCACAUGUCCCAAAAUGUACAACUGCUCCUUUAAGUUCUGAGGUUGAUUGUUAAAGACAUGUAGAAGUGAAUGAUGAGAAAGUAAAGUUAUAGAAAGAGCUGGAUUUUCCCUGAGUGUGACAGAACCACUGUAUAAUGUGAAAUAUGAGGUGCUAUUGACUCGCAGGAUUUGCAACCUUUUGUUCAGCUGAGACUUGAACCUCACCUCUCCUAUAGCGUAGCGCUGGCGAGUCUGAUUACUCCUAACAUCCAGCGAAACAUUCCUCUUUUUGUUGCUUGGUGCCAAACCUAGUCAGACCACAUUGUAUUUGUUGUCACCAGCUGGCACAAUGGCCUUUGUGUGGGAGCUGGGCGUCUCCAGCCACGGCCAUGCUCUCGUCUGUAUGCUGUCAUCCUUUCAAACUGGAACAGCGCACUGUAAAAUAUUUUCAUCUCAACAAGUGACUUGAUGUCACUGAGUUAGGAGACUGGGCUUUAGUUUUGCUUCUCCAAACUUCUGAUAAGUACUGUCAGGUGAUUAUAGAAACCAGAAAAGCCACAUUGUAUUUUUUUGCUGUAUAAGGCAAUAAGCUUGAAUGUUACCUCAUCUCAACAGUGAGAACUUCUCAAAGUCUGGGUACUCUGCUCUUUCCAAACAGGUGAUGGUGUCUUAAAAUAAACUUGAUUCAGGCUGAAAUGAGUUCACUUGAUAGAGGAAGUUUCUCAACUCUGUAUUUCUGAAGCUGGGUUGUACAGAAACGAGUGCAGCUGUCGAUUUGUGUUGCAGUGAAUCUCGAGAGCAGAUGGAUUUGUAUGGCCCUGCAGUGAUCUCAGGGAUCUCGCUUUGCAGGAUGACGAAAUGCUGGAAAGACUCAAAGUGGCUUGUGUUUGCUGGCGUUGGCUUUGUCACUUGAACAUGACUUGAGUUGUGGUGUUGACUUUGUACAUCUCCUGUAGCUACUGUCAGCAGCUAGUCACUGGGUGGCCUGUGUGUGUGAGAGAGAGAGCGCUCAUUGUCUGAGUGGGAGGUGCCUACCAAGGAGUGGAGCACCACUGGUGUCGCCCAACAUUCCCGUUUGUGCUUAGACCACAGCCAGACUGAAGGAUACUGUAGGUUCACAUCAAACCAGCCACAAGCAAAUAAAUGUUUGACAGAUGUUUAUUUUGCAUUUUAUAUUUUUUAAUGUAUGAGCAUUCUGAUUCCAUCUGAAAUAACAAAAAUGAAAAAACCCUAAUCCUUAAUGUUUUCUCAUCAGCUGCAGGCAUCACAAAGCAAACUGAAAAAGCUCAUUAAAGACUGUAGAAAAUAUCUGGA